UCUCUAGAAAAAGUCCACUAGACGAGAUCUCCUCACUUCUUCGAUAAUGAGUGCUCCUAGUUGAUACAACUGCCCAUCCGUUCUACUACGUGUGAUUCACUCGGUCCAGUGCCUGCAUCUUCUAAGCCAUCGUCUUCUUCCUGCGUGCUAACCCCAUGGCUAGGGUUCUAGCGUUUCUCUCGCUCUUGUGCCUUGUGGCCUCUGCGCUGGUUUGCGUCGGCGAAGCGAGGAAGAUGGUUGGGGUGUACAUGCUCAAGAAAGGGGAUUUCUCCGUGAAGGUCACCAACUGGGGCGCCACUAUCAUGUCGAUCAUCGUCCCCGACAACAAAGGGAAUUUAGCUGAUGUUGUGCUGGGUAAAGACACCCUCGCUGAAUAUGUUAACGAUACGGCCUACUUCGGCCCGCUGAGCGGGCGCGUAGCACAACGAAUGGCCAGAGGCCGGUUCGUCCUCGACGGCAAAGUAUACCACACGUACAUCAACGACGGCAGGAACGCCAUCCAUGGCGGCCACAGGGGAUUCAGCAAAGUCAUAUGGACGGUGAAGGAGUACGUCGCCGGCGGCGACUCCCCGUAUAUCACGCUGUACUACCGCAGCUUCGACGGGGAGCAAGGAUUCCCCGGAGACCUGGACGUGUACGCGACCUACCAGGUGUCGAGCCCAUACGUGCUGAGCAUCCGCACGAACGCAACGGCGCUGAACAAAGCGACGCCGGUGAACUUCCUGCAGCACGUGUACUUCAACCUGGGCGGGCAGGGCAGCGGCGACGUGCUGGGCCACACGCUCCAGCUCUCCGCGUCCCGGUACACCCCGAUGGACGAGGAGCUCCUCCCGUCGUCGGGCCGCGUCGACCCGGUGGCCGGCACGAACUACGACUUCCGGACGCCGACGCCCAUCGGCGCGCGCAUCCGGCAGGUCAUGGGCGGCAAGGGCGUCCGCGGGUACGACAUCAACUACGUGAUCGACGGGGCCGGCAUGCGGAAGGUGGCGGCGGUCCGGGACGGCGCGUCCGGGCGCGCGCUGCAGCUGUGGGCCAACCAGCCGGCCAUGCAGCUCUACACCGGCAACGGGCUGAACAACACCAGGGGGAAGGGCGGCAUCGUGUACCGGCAAUACGCUGGGUUCUGCCUUGAGACGCAGGCGUACCCGGACGCCGUGAACCACCCCGAGUUCCCGUCGGUGACGGUGAGGCCCGGCCAGGUGUACAAGCACGACAUGCUCCUCAAGUUCUCCUUCUAACUUAACUUUGUAGUAGUACGG